GGAAGUACACAUCAGCCUGAACCGGGGAUCCCAGGGAGUUGUUUAAAUGCCCGUCCUCUAUUUUCUGCAGGUAGAAAGCAGAGCGCUGAGGCAGGCAGAGGCAGCAGGGCCCCUCCCGGCCCCCCGCCUCUCCCCUCCGCAGGUUCUCUUCUCAUCCUGUAGCAGCCCAGGACGUUGAAACCAGGGAUGAGUGAGACAUCCAGAGCGGCGUUUCCCCCAAGUGCUGCUGUGAUGGCUGUGGCUUCUUCUAGGGAAGCUUUCUCCAGCUGAAGAGAUCUGCCCGCCUCAUCUCAGCCGUGGGCUGAGCUUGUAGGGCUGGUGGUGGUAGCUGAGACAACGUGACAAAUAUUUGUGCUCCACUGAAAUAAUUACGACUUAGGUGUCACUGAGACUGACUUGUUGUCCAAAUACAAAAACCUUCAUGGGCAGACAUUGCCAUCCAGUUCAGGGCUUGUGCAACCUUUUGCUCAGUAGGAACCUGAGACUCCUGAAAUACUUAGAAAUGUAUAAAGAUUAAAAAGAAGUGGCACGGUACGAAUACCAUUUGGGAACAGCUAAUGAUGUGCCCAGCCCAGCCACCAAAGCCAUUGCUGAGAACUGGCAAACCCAGAACAUCAUCUUAAUCCCAGCACCUUGUAUCUUGCAGCCACUCCCUGUGAUGAUUUAAAGAGGUGUAUCUAAUUCUCAGCUGGCCUUCACCAAGAAGGAAUGCAGCACGAUUGCAAUUUUGGUGUGGUGUAAUUACCCUGCCUUUCUUGCCCCAUUACCACUGACACCGCUUUCCUCACGCCUGGGUUUAUAGGCUGACUUGUACAACCUCUUACAACCUCUUUGAUUUGCUUUGUUUUUUUUAACAAUGUUGGUAAGAAGUGUUUGCUGGUUUCGUGGAAGCUUCCUUUGGUUUCUGGGUGGCACAGCACCAAAGUCCUCAUUUUUCUAAGAGUCUUUGAGAGCUGAGCAACGUGAUACAGGAGAGUCUGGCAGUGAGUUUGAUUCAGUGGCUUGAGCCAAGUGCAAAACAGUCCAGAGGGGUUUCUCCUUUCAGAAAUACCUUGGUGCUGAUAAAUAAGGGGUUACUUUUUUGGGAGCUUGGUGACUUUGCCACUGCAGUUAUCAGACAGAGUUCUCGGAAUCCAAACUCAACCUUGUUUAAAUUUGCCUAUGUAGGAGCCCAGGGCAGAGCUUUGAAGAGGAUGGGUCUUGGUGGAAGCCAGCAAUGGGCUGGAGAGCAGAGUGGGAGACAUGGGGCUUCUCUUGCCAUGCAGCAUCAAAGAGACCCAGGGCGAUUCCCCUGGCACUGCUUAUUGAGCCUGAAGUGCGAGGUGCCACAUCCCUGCAGAAAUGUUCAUAAACCUGCCCUCUCAUGCUCACCUACAGGAAGCACAGAUGACAGUUAUCAGUUCAGACAGUGCAGGGAGGGCGUGUAAAACACCCAUGCAUUUUCACAGGUUAAUGCCAUCACAUCUUUGUGGAUGGAGGAGGAAAUCCAGGACCAGGAGCAGCACCGCUUUUCAGCUGGCUGUCCAUAGUGUCUGCUGUUUAUACAGAUCAUUUCACAGCUUUAAGUUAAAACGUGGCAUUUAUUUUGUGUGGCUUCCUUGCUUCUUGUCAAUUCCUGAAUUAUUCUGCUCUGAGCCUUGCCCUUCAAGUCUCUUGCUGUGCACAAGUCCAGUGGAAAACUCAGUUUUCUGGGCCUCUCAGUAACAGAGAUCAAGUAAACCAGUGUUUAAGGAGAUUGGCCCGAGUGAGUCAUUUGAUUGCGCACAACUGCUGUGCCCUGGUGCAGAGCUUGUGUCUAUCAGCAAUAUUUAUCUUGCAGACUGUUUACUGGAUUCUGCACCAGGAACCAAGGUACAUACAUAAAGUGUUUGCUUUCAGGAAGCUGUAGCCAAUCGGAGGCUGCAACUCAGAAAGCAUUCCUAACCACCGUGAUUUCCGAAAAUAAUGCUCCGGUGCUGAUCUGCUGGAAGUUCUGUAAAACCUCUGUAGGUUGGCUCAAGCAGAGGAGACCUCAGUGCCCGUGGUGGCUGAACUACAGCAGUAAGGUGCUGCCACAGCGCUGCGCUGAGCGGAUCGUUGGUAAAAUGGACUCCAUGCCCAAGCUCAAGAUUUUUGUGAUGUUGCUGUCUCUGGCUACCUUCACAGCCAUGGUGAUAAUGAAUGCUGGAAAUGCCACUGGUCUUUUCAAAGGUCUGUUCCGGACAACCCCUGGCAACAUCUCAGAGAAGUACAGCACCGACUUCACACCAGCUGGCUGGACUUUCCUCAUCUGGAAUGUCAUCUAUGCCUGGCAACUGGCGUGGCUCCUGUAUGCGCUGUCAGGGAUCUGCCGCAGAAAUGAACUUGGAUGUGUCUUCAUGAAACCAGAUUUGCUGCCAGUACCUUUUUACAUGGCAUGGAUUCUGAAUAACGGCCUCAAUGUUGGAUGGCUGUUUCUGUGGGACAGAGAAUACCUCCUCCCAGCCCUGCUGUUGUUGGCAGCCCUCACUUUUACCACAGGGGCUGCUCUCUUCAUUUCACACAGAGCCUUGAGUAUCCAUUCCACGUGGUUCAUGAAGGGCCACCAAGCUGAUCUCUGGCUCAUCCGAAUCCUAGUGCAGAACGGGCUGGCACUGUAUGCCACAUGGACCACCAUCGCCACUCUGCUGAACUUUGCCAUUGUGUUGAUCUACAAGUGGGAUGUGUCCAAUGAGACAGCAACCACUGCAUCUCUGAGCAUCCUUACCCUCGUGCUUGUCAUGUGGUUUUGUCAGGAAAACUUCUUUCUUGAUAAGUACGUCCGUUAUAACCUCACUGUCUACCCAGUGGUCAUAAUAGCUCUGACUGGCAGCAUGUGCAAGGACUUCUCCGUUUCCUCCCCAACCACCAACGGUGUUUUUAUAGUUGUACUGCUGGCACUGACUUGUUUUAUCUUUGCUGUUCGGCUGGCGUUAGUCAUAAGGAAGCACAGUAAUGAACUGCUGGAACCACCACCUCAGCCAUCAAGUACAGUGGCCUGAGACCUGUGGCACAGUGAUGUUAUGACAAGUGCUUUAGAGAGAGGAGUAAGAGCUGAGCAUCCUGCAACCACUGGUCCUUCCCUCCAGUAACAAUUGCCCUUUUUUUGCCUUUUUCUCUUUUUUAAUAUAUUCUGGAUUAGCACAGCUUGUGCCUGCAGACUUGUCCUCCUCCCCUAUUCUCUGAGCUCAGCUGUUUGCAGCUCCACCUCAAACAUGCACCCUCCUCUGCUCAUUUUGCCGUGGAUCAGUGGAGGAAGAGGCCCUGUAGAUGAGUAGCUCUGUAUACCUUUGUGAUGACAGAGCUGCUCCUCCCAGUGUGAGGAGGGCUGUCAGCAGAUGUUUGGCACAGAGAGUUGCCCUCACCCUUUCCUGGGAGCUAUGGUGGGUAGGGGAAGAGGGAUGGCUGAAUACUUCCGACACAGCUGCAAGUCUCCAGCUUAUUUCAGGUUGCUCUAACUCUAGAAACUGACAAUGUGCUCACAUCUCAGCACACACUAUUAUCUCUGUCCCUCUGCCUUGUUUUUCCUUCUGACUUUCUUACUGAAGUUUGUCACUGUGUCGAUGCCUCCAUCAGUGACCCCACAGUAACAGCAGAUCUGUGCCCCUGCCACCCACUCGCUCCUCUUUUCAGACAGGGGAGACCCAGGUGAUGUGGGAGCAGUGGAUUGCUUUUCCUGAGCUGUGCCCGUUUGGUGGCUGCCUCCUGCAGGAGUGUGCUUUGCAACCCUUCUGCUGGGAUAUCAGCCAUACAGACGCCACAGAACCUGAUGGGGAGUGAAGCCUGCUUCACAGACCACUUCUUGUUUUCUGAGCUGGAUAGAGUGAGAUAGAGUGUAAUGUGGCUUCAACACCAUGGGCUCGCUUUGGGAAGCCUGAAUGAGAACUGACUGGAUUGCAAGACCUCUGCCUCUAUUUGCUGUGCCUGCUAGAUUUGAUGAUGCCUUGCUGGUGUCUGGAAAAUCUUCCUGGAUGCCUGAUGCUUGGAAAUGCUGAAUAUCUUGCAGUAAUCUCACAGAGGUGAAUUCUACUACAAUACAAUGCUAUUGUUUACAUUUAAUGAAGAACUAAGUCUGUACUAUGUGGUUCUUGUCAUUCUAUCAUAUAUUAUUUUUUAAUAAA